UUAUCUUCGUUGUAAGCUUUAACUCUGCUGUCACUUUUAAAUCAACGAAAUGGCAUUUCAAAGACAACACUUGGUCAUUGGCAUCUGUUUGCUUUUGCUGCACUCUGCUGUCGCUGUUGCUUCCGCAAAAGCUUAUGCAAAGGAAGCGGUUGCCGCAAAGGAGACACAAGACAACAAAAAGAAAGCCGAAUUCCCCGAAGAGGACACUGACAUGCUUAUGGAACCGAAUGACUUCACACCAGUCACCGUUCUACGUUCGCAAGAGCAGCAAUUCCACGUGCCGCCCACCUACCAUUUUCGCUCCAUCCCACCACAUUCCAAUCCACAUGUAAUCGCACGUGCCGAUGUGCACCCCGCUGCACCGCAACCCUCCGCUUCCAUCGACUCACACACACAGGCGGCACAAAAUUACUAUCCUCCCUUCUUUCGUGAAGCGCCACCACUAGGCCAUUCGCGCCCCUACUUCCCAAUACCCGAUAGUCCAGCCAUACCAAAAUUUGCCGCGCCGCAUCCCGAACAAGUGCCACUGGGUCCAACGCAGCGCAGCUUUGAUCCGGCCAUAUUGGGUUCGGGUGAUUUUGGUGUACUGCGUGGCGGCACUUUCUAUCCCGAAGAGGAAAUGUCCUACCACACCGAUGAGAAUAGUGAUUUCAGUCAAUACUAUGGCGAUGCAAAUGGACAUGGACGGCCGUCCAAUGAGGAGUUCGUACAAAAGUACACCUAUCCAGAGGAACAGUUUGCCGAUUUCCGUGACUUUGCUGACAUAAAUACGCCCGCCGAUUCAGCUUUCUCGCAAUAUGUUGUUGUAUAUGCAGCUAAAAAUUCAACUAAACCCAGCACGCAUCCACGUCCGAAGAACAUCUUUGAACAAUUGGAAUUGCUCGAUCGCGAGAAAGAGCAAGAAGAGAAGAAGAGGCGAGCGAGCAAAUCGAAAUCGAAAUUGUCCAAAACGAAAUUGCAAAAGAAAUACAAGAAGAAGACAAGUCCGAAGGAUGUGGACUAUGAACCGCUGUUGGCAUUAAGUUAAGCACUUAGAGGUAGAGAAGGUUAAGCAAAUUGUAGCAUAUGAAAAAAUUAUUUA